AUGGCCAAGUCUGCGCCGCCAGCGACGUACAAGAGCGCCGCGCAGAUCGCGAGGGAGAAGGAGAUCAAGCUCAUCCGGAUAUGCAUGGCAAUCACAGCCGUCAUGAUGGUCGCCGAGAUUGUGGUGGGCUAUCAGCUGAACGUGAUGAGCCUUGUCGCCGAUUCUUACCACAUGAUGAACGACUUGGCAGCUUUCGUCGUCCAGCUGUACGCCGACGAGCUCGCCAACGUCGACCGCUCACAAGGAAACGAGACGUCCGCCUUCUCCUUCGGCUUCGCACGAGUCGAACUCAUCGCAAACUUGAUCCAAGGCACGCUGCUGGUCGCGCUCUGCCUGACGCUGUCGCUGGAAUCGCUCCAGCGGUUCUACGCGACGGAAACCGUCCUCCUUCCGCCCGUCGUCAUCGGUCUCGGCUUCCUCGCGCUCGUUUGGAACAUCGCGAACAUCUACUUCUUCGAGGACGCUCACUCGCACGGCGAGCACUCCCUUCGGAAGGGUAGGCGCAGUGCGCAAGCCUUGGUGCACCCGUGGACGUACCGAGCUCGCUUGUUGCAGGCUGCGAUGGACACGCCGCACUCGCUCGCCCGCUCAGUCAACUCUCGCCGCAGCGGCUCAACCGACGCCUUCUACAGUCCCGGCCACUCGCACUCGCACUCGCAGCCGUCGCACUCUCACAGCCCCAGUCACGACUCUUCAGACGACGACAGCCAUUCCGGCCAUUCGCACGCUGGCGGACCCGGUUUCCGCGAGCGCUUCCUCAUGCCGCAGAGUUCUCUAGCCAAGCAUGCUCUCGGCGACGCCUACGGCAACUUAGCGAUCAUUAUCGAUGGCUUCGCGUCCCUCCUUCUCGGUCCAAAGACGGCUCGUUUCUCCGGCCUUGUCAAGCCCUGGGCCGGCGUCGUCUAUGUGGACCCAGUCUGCUCGCUCAUCGUCGUGCGAGUCAUCCUAGCGCACGCUCUUCCUCUCGUCACCAGCUCCUCCUUCGCUCUCAUGCACGCCUUCGACCCUGUAAAGGCGGACGCAGUCCGCUCGCUCUUCAAGCGCGGCAACGAAGCCUGGAUUCCAUCAUCGCUGCAUGAGCGGGUUUCGCUCACACUCGUCGACCUGCGCAUCUGGCGCCUGAGCAAGACUAGCACCUUCGCAACGCUCAAGCUCGACGCGCGCUUCCGUGGCGGCGGCCACCCGACUCUCCACGACGUUCGGGGUCUUGAGGAUGCGGUGAGGAAGGCUGUUAGUGCCAAGCUGGACCACUGCUCGGAGGACCAGGUGGCUGUCGAGAUCGACACAGGCCAUUCAGCAGCGCUGGACGACAGAGACGAUUCUCUGCCGAGCCAUCCAGACCAGCACGACAGGCAGACAUCCUCCUUGAGACGAGCGAACUCGACAAGGCAGCUUGGUCGGAGCAACUCGAGGGGUUCGCUGUCCCGUGCCGAGGCGAGUGGAGCCAAUGGAUAUCGUUGA